UACGUGGUCGCAAAUCGCAAUGGUACGGAAAUGUAAACAUGCACAGAUAAUUUUUAACUUAGAGAAUUUGUGACUAUAAUUAUGGACUAAGAUUGAGUUUUACAUAUCUAAACAUUUAAAUAAAUCUAAGAUGUAAUAAAAACAUCGUUUGUUAUUGCAACAUUAGUAACUAACAUAUCUUAUUUUUCUGUGACUGAUGUGAACAUAGGCAAAAGCCUAGUGAAGCGCCGAACAAAAACCAAGUCCGCUAAUGGCGGACGCUAAUAAUUUUGGAAGUUUCGUGAUUGCGUUUUCAGCCCAACAUUCCCUAUAGACUUUUGUGAAUAGGUUUAUUAUUAGUGAAUUCGUACAGUGUUAAAAUGUGUAAGUGAUAUCAAAUGAUAAAUUUGAUAGUGACAAAAGCGACCGCUAGCAGUGUAACCUUUUCCAUAACCUCGUUUAUGCGAAUGGAGUAGAUAUGUGAUCGAUGUGUGUGCGUCGGUGAACGAUUUCUCGUCAUUUCGCUUUAUAAUUCGUGCGAAGUAUUUGGGUUUUUAGUGAUGGAAGUGUCCGCGUCGCGGUUUUGCAAUCCGACGCCCGUUUUCGAUGUAACGUAAGUGAGCCGGUCGAUCGCGAGAAGUGUUAGCAGAGACGGCCGCCACCAGCCGAACAUGGCUGCGACGCAGGCUGAGUCUCAGCGAAGUGAAGCGACCGUAGAUCAGAGUCCAUCGGAGCAGCUCAGUGAAUCUCGGAACGCUCUGUUACAAAACGGCACAGAUAAGUCCGUCGGGCGCGUUCCGCUCGAUGGCGUUGUGAAUACUAAGAGUAAAUCGCCUAUGUCUGUCGAAGCGGGCCAGCCUCGAGACGGAGGCGAAGUGCCGGGUCACGAUCGGCCCGGUGCCGAUCAGUACGGGGCCUACAGGUAUCCAGAAGGCGCUGAUCCGUAUUACUCACCUAGGCCCGGCUUCCCUGGUAAGCCUAGGCCGCCUCAACAACAAAGAUUCUUUCCGGGCCAAACUGUAUCUCAAGCGCCAGGCCCGACGCCAACAUUGAACUCUUUAUUGCAAUCUAGUGGCGCGCCACCGCACCGUUAUCCAAACAAUUAUGAUCAGCCACAGGGUGCCUAUGGCCCCACUCCAGGCUGGCCGCCUCCGCGACCUAUGCCACCAUACAACCCACAAGGAGGACCAUAUAGGAAUUCAACACCGCCUCGCGGUUACGGCGGGCCACCAUACGGCGCGGGCGCUCCCGGCGGCCCGCAACAACCGCCCGGCGCGUACGGACCGCCAGGCUCAUAUCCGCCGAGGUACCCUCCACCGGGUCCUCCUGGCGCGCCUAAUUCAAGAACUCCAUUUUCACCGCAUCAGGGCUACGAACGGGGUGGUUCACCACAACCAACUCACCCGCAAGGUGCUCCAAGCCCUGGGUCGGCGCAGAGCGCGCCCGGCGGCCUGUCACCAAAUCAUGAGUCACAUCCAUCGCACAUGCCACCUGGUUCACAUCAGGGUUAUCCACCUCCACCGAGGCCUGGCCAGCCGUCCACACCAAACGCGCAUGACCAAGAUUCGGAUCUGACCGGGCAGAACAGCAAUGACUCGGGCGGCAGCGGCGGCGCCGGGCGCGCCAGCACGCCGCAUUUGAGGCCUACACCGAGCCCCACAGGCUCCAGCGGAUCGCGAUCCAUGUCACCGGCUGUCGGUACGCAGAACGUCAGUAUGCCACCGCGACCGUCAUCGUCAUUAUCGGACGGCGGCGGCCCGCCAGUGCGAGCCGGGGCCCCGGCGGCCGGCCCGCCUCCUUCAGGGGCUCCGCCGCCUGGGGCCAUGCUCCCGCAGUCGUACCACUAUAAGCCCGCGCCGUACCCGCCCCAGCCCUAUGGAUAUCCACCGCCGCGUAACCAUCCCUAUCCAUAUGGCGGGUACCGACCUACGCCGCCACCGCAUCCUUCACAACACUAUCCACCGCUUAAGGGUGGUGUGGGCCGUCACAUGGGUCCGCCGGGUGAAUCAAUGGGACCGCCAAAUGCGCCGGGAGAGGCUCACGAUAACGGUCCAGCGCCUCCGGCAACGGCUCUUGUCACGACCGGCCCCGAUGGAGCUCCCUUGGACGAAGGCAGCCAGCAGAGCACGCUUAGUAAUGCAUCCGCAGCUUCGGGCGAAGAGCCAUGCGGCACAGGCAAGGGCUCUCGCAAGGAUUAUGGCAGUGCGGCGCCUUCGCCCUCUCCGGGAGGUGGCUCACAUUCCUCCGCCCACGAUGACUACGAGACUUCGCCGUCGCCUUGGCCAAGACCACCCUCUAGUCCCGUGUUUAACAGUCACAUACCUCCGGAGUCCUACAGAUCAAAGAAGUCGGACUCGCUGGUCAAGCUUUACGAGAUGGACGACGCCCCUGAGCGGCGGAGCUGGGUCGAGAGGCUACUCGCCUUCAUGGAGGAGCGCCGGACGCCCAUACCCGCCUGUCCGACCAUUUCCAAGCAGCCCUUGGAUCUCUACAGGCUGUAUCUACUUGUGCGCGACCGGGGUGGAUUUGUUGAGGUGACGAAAAACAAAACGUGGAAAGACAUAGCUGGCUUACUAGGUAUUGGGGCUUCUUCGUCCGCCGCUUACACGCUACGGAAGCACUACACAAAGAAUCUGUUAGCUUACGAAUGUCAUUUUGAUCGGGGUGGGAUAGACCCGCAACCCAUCAUCAACCAGGUAGAAGCCUCCACUAAGAAGAAGAGCGGGAAGAACAAUAACGCUGCUAAUGCAGGUAAGGCAGGCAGUUCAAACAACGCUGAGCAAUUUGCGGGAAGCGGCGCUGGCGGAGCACCUAUUGACGCCUACCAGCCUCACUACGCGCCUUAUCCGCCUCAACCAGCCCAGCAAGGCGGCGGGGCGGGCGGGGACAUCGCCGCGUCCAACCCGUUCGACGAGCCGCCCGGCCCGCGGAGACCGCCAGGUUACCAACAAGGAUAUGGUUAUGAAUAUGGGUCCCCGUAUCCUGCUAAUCGGCCAGUUUAUCCGCCAUAUGGCCCUGAAGGGGAUAGGGGUUACAGUCCUGGUGAAUACGGCCGAUAUGGCGGUUACGGCGGGCCGUAUCGUGCAGGAGCACCCGCUCCGGGCCCUGGCGCGACUCCCGGAGCCCCGGCGCCACCGUCUCCGGCCGGGGCCCCUCCUGCGCAGCCCUACACGGACUAUUACCGCCAACCGCACCCGCAUCAACCACCACACCCCCCUCCACAUCCGCCACACCCGCCACAUUCGCCGCAACAACCGCAUGAGAUUGCGUCGUGCGGCGGGCUGAUGGGCUCGCAGCUCGCGAGGCAACUGGUGGCGCCGCUGCCCCCCGCCUCCAGACCAUACCAAUACGGCGGCAAGGGCGCACCCCCGGUUCCUAAUGCGGGUCCACCCGGCGUAGCUGGAGCACCUAGGCGGCAUCCAGACUUCGCGAAGGAGCCCUACAAUUCGAGUGCCCCACCCGGGGCGCCGCCGAGCCCCGCGGGGCCUCGAUUUGGCGGCGGUUGGGGUCCCGGGUUUCAGCGUGCCGCAUCACCUGGCUGGCGACCGCCCCACCACGCCCCCCUGCCCCACCAUCAACAACCGGGAUGGCCUCCACAGCCGCAUCAGCCGCAUCAACCCUACCAUCCACCGGGGGCGACAUCUGGUGUCGGACAAAUUAAACGAGAAUUGACUUUCCCUCCGGAAUGUGUGGAAGCGACGGUGCCCGCGCCUGAGAAAAGACGCAGACUGACAAAGGGUGACGUCGCCCCGGUGGACGCGUGGCGAAUCAUGAUGGCGCUCAAAUCGGGUCUUCUCGCGGAGACCUGCUGGGCUCUAGACAUCCUCAAUAUUUUACUGUUUGACGACACCUGCAUCGGCUUUUUCGGUCUCCAGCAUCUGCCGGGUUUGCUCGAUUUGCUGCUGGAGCACUUCCAACGGAGUCUCGCCGACGUGUUCGACGCGCCCGCCGCGGCUCCCGAGCCCUGGUACGCGCCGCCGGCGGUCCAAGAAUCUAUUGCGCCGCCACCUCGACGUAUCGAGCCUCCCGACCCCGCAGAUCGCAUAAAGGUUACAACGGGCGAGAACUACACGCUGCAGUCGCGUCGUCGCGUGCCCGUCACUUUCGUAACUAAGCUGGACGACGACGCUCUUUUUGCGCCCGAGGAUCCCGAAACCAACGACGACGUCGAGGACGUGAUAGAGCCUUGGCAAACCGACACUGUCAGUAGAUUCGACCACGUGAUGCCCUGCUUCCGCGCCGAGUUCGUACACCUGCCGUUCGCACGGGUUCUGCCAGGCGAGCGAGCUCCCUCGCCGCCCGCGCCUCCGGCGUCGCCACACUCGGAUGGACCCAGCGAUACGCCUGCCCUUCCCGACACGGCCGACCCACCCCCCUCCGAACCGCCGUCGACGGCUACGGACGAAGGUGACAACCUGGAGGCGGAACCGAUGGACAUAGAACCGGAAAGAAAACCGGCGUUGCAAAUUCGGGAUUCCGCCGGAGUGCUCAAAAGACGACGUUUGGAGGACUACGAGGACGAAUGCUACACGCGGGAUGAGCCUAGCCUUAAUCUUAUCAACGAAACGCGGGACGCCCUCGCCAAGCGGUGUAUAGCGUUAUCCAACAUUCUCCGCGGGCUGACCUUCGUGCCCGGAAACGAGGCGGAAUUCUCGAGGUCGAGCGCUUUCUUAGCUCUCGCUGGAAAGCUACUGCUGUUACACCACGAACACGCGCCUCGGGCGGCCCGGGCCAAGGCCUACGAGCGUGCCGCCAGAGACGAGGUGGACGCGGAUGCGUGCUGCUCCAGCCUGAAGGGCGAGAGCGAGUGGUGGUGGGACACGUUGGCGCAACUACGGGAGGAUGCGCUGGUCUGCUGCGCCAACAUCGCCGGCAGCGUAGAGCUGUCCGGUCAAUCGGAAGCAGUGGCGAGGCCGCUUCUGGACGGCCUCCUACACUGGAGCGUGUGUCCCGCGGCCGUCGCCGGCGACGCCCCUCCGACGGCCUCCCCGGCGUCGCCCUUGUCUCCUAGAAGAUUAGCCCUAGAGGCGCUUUGUAAAUUGUGUGUGACGGAUGCGAACGUAGAUCUCGUGCUGGCGACGCCCCCGCGAGGGCGUAUCGCCGCGUUGUGUGCGGGGCUGGCGCGGGACCUGUGCCGGCCCGAGCGGCCCGUGGUGCGGGAGUUCGCGGUUAAUCUGCUGCAUUACCUAGCGGGGGCGGGCGGUACCGCGGCCCGCGAGGUGGCUACGCACGCGCCCGCCGUGGCGCAGCUGGUCGCUUUUAUUGAGAGGGCGGAGCAGACGGCUCUCGGCGUCGCUAACCAGCACGGGGUGGCGGCGCUCCGAGAUAACCCAGACGCGAUGGGUACGUCCCUGGACAUGUUGAGGCGAGCGGCCGCCACGCUGCUGCGUCUUGCGGAGCACCCCGAAAACCGGCCGCUGAUCCGCCGCCACGAGAGGAGGCUGCUGUCACUGGUAAUGAGCCAGAUCUUGGACCAGAAGGUCGCGCACGAGCUGGCCGGGGUGCUGUACCACUGCAGCCAACAAAAGUGUGACGAACCGCAGGAAGAGUGAGUGAACAGUGCCGUGAGUGAGAGGCGAGUGGCGGCGGGCGGCGGCGUACCGAUGGGUACGUGUACAUAUAGCGAUAGCGCCCCGCCCGCCCUACGCGCCGAGCGUGUACAAUCUGAAUUUCGUUAUUUAUGUCCACGAUGAUUUAUUUACAAGAAUGUCAAUGUGCUAUAAUCGAUUUCUAUUGUUCGAUUGAAAAACAGAUGUAUUAUAACUCGUAAUUUUGAUUUUUAUAAUAAAAUGGGACUUGAAUCUGU